GCCUACAAAGAAUGCAACUUACAAGGCGAUCUUUACCAUGAAGUUAGUUAAUGGUGUACAGUGUUACAGCAGGUUUCCACAGUUUGUUUGCUUUUUAAGGCAAUGGAACACUAGAACUUCUUCUACAUCUUCAAAUAACAGUUACUGCAUCCAAAGUGUGAGAAAACACGACUAUGACCACUAUCUGUGCUGCUUGCUUCUACCAAAGUCAUCCCAAGCUUCGGCAUUUUCCAUCCGUGCUUUCAAUAUUGAAAUUGCACAGAUUCAAAACCAAGUGUCUGAGCAGUCUAUUGGGAAGAUGCGACUGCAGUUUUGGAAGGAUGCACUCAAUAACAUUUACAAGGGUGCUCCCCCUCUCCAUCCUGUAGCUCUUGCCCUAGCAGAGGCUGUGGGCAAACACAAAUUGACAAAGAAAUGGUUAACGAGAGUAGUUGAAGCUCGGGACUCCACUCAGACUAGGUUGUUUCGAUCUACUGAAGAACUUGAAACGUAUGCUGAGCACACAUUCUCAUCUCUGCUGUACCUAACUCUGGAAACUCUCGGAGUGAGGGAUGUGAAUUCAGACCACGCUGCCAGUCAUGUGGGAAAGGCAGAAGGAAUUGUCACCCUCCUGAGAGCCAGCAACUUUUACAGGGCCAGCAGGCACGUCCCCAUCCCAAUGGAUAUAAUGAUUAGACAUGGUGCCAGUCAAGAGGACUUCAUCCGGGGUCAACUCUCUCAGCCUCUGCAGGACAGUGUUUAUGAUUUUGCCAGCUUGGCCCACACACACCUAAACAAGGCUCAUUCACUACGAAACUCAAUUCCAUCUGAUGGCUGGCGAGCUCUUUUACCAGCUGUUGUGUGUGAGUCGUUACUUAAAAGAAUUCAGCAAGCUGAUUUCGAUCCGUUUUCCCCUCAAUUGAUGACAAGACCUCCACUUCUUCCAUUGCAGUUGCUCUGGAAAAGACUUAGUAGAACAUUUUAGUUUAAUCAAUCUCUGUGUCUUAUAUGAAGUAUCCUGUUUCUUUGCAUAUUGUAUGUGGAAUCAUAGA